UGGACGCAGGUGGAUGUUGAGGUCAUCGCAAGACACCACUACAACUACCACUGUCAGUUGCAAGAUACAACCACGGGCGCAGCUGGCUGUAUUCAAGAAAAUAACGGUUAUUUUGAUACUUCCACUUCAUCGACGCGGUUCUACUCACAGUCUGCGUAUACUACCGAUCGCGACAGCAGUUCUUGUACCUUUUCAUCUGCGGCCACUCCUGCCGUGGGGCGCGGUUGUAUUCAAAAUGUUUCGCUUUCGCUUUCAUCAUAUUCGCGUGAAAGUCUAUUGAUCUUUAGCAGGUAGAUUGCGGUGUACUACUGACUGGCUCCACCCAGGAUAUAAGAGUAGAAGUCAUGGACGCUUAUGAGCACCUCCGCGUGUUUCUUCUACGUACUCAUUUUGUUCUUCCUGCUGGUGCUUCAUGAUGCAUUUCUCAAAUGACCGCCUGGAUGAAAGUACACCUACUACAAACAGCGUCAUCUGUCGCAAGCACGAGCAGCACCCCUGGAGGCGGUCUAGGGGUGAGGAACGUCCUCACCGGUGGCGCGACGACCGUGCAUGGUCCUUCCAGAUUCCUGCCGUCGUCGACCUCCGCUUUCGAUUUUGCCGCCGAGGACCGGCCGUUGGACUGUUUGCCCCUUUGUCAGCUGGAAAGUGCGCUUCUCACCACCACGAGAAAGCUGUUUCCCAAAUUGCCCCAUUUUGUCAUUACUGGCGUAGCGGGGGCCGGAAAGCGGUUCGUGCUGCAUGAACAAGAGGGGCUUGUUAUCCUAUUUAAAAACGUCCCCACCCCAUAGUUGUAAUGCAAAUCUGCAUGCUGAAAAUGUUUCUCAUGCGGAGCCCCAUGAGAAGCAUUUUCUAAUCGUGUUUUGAAAUUUGUCAUGCUCCAAUCAGCAUGGUAUGCUAGAUCUGUGAUGCUGCUGAGCAAGCUCAAACAGCACUACACUACGAAUCCAAAUUUGUCAUGCAAAACAGCCAAAACUUGUGGAUUUGUCUAACCGAUUCCCCAACUUGACUAUGGUGUGGGGACGUUUUUACUCAGGAUACUUGUUCCGUCAACAAACAACAACAAUAAUAAUAAAACUGCUGCGUCCUCUACUACUUCUCACUGUUAUUUCCCCUCGUCGGCUACGGCUAGUAGUAGUUCUACCACUGCUAGUGCUCAACAAACGACCCAAACAAGUGGGCCGCGGACGACGGCGCACAGGAUGAAUAACAAGAAGACUACUCUAGCAUCAGCCGCGCAAAGCAACAACUGUAGUACCAAGAACAUCCACGUGCCCUUCUCCGUUUUCCUGUCUCUCGUGAAGGAGGCGGAGGCGCUGUGCUUUGCCUUUGUUGACAACUCUGAGGUGGACGAUGAUUAUCGAAGCGGUUGUUCGGCACAAGGGCGAGAGGAGGAGGACAGAGCAACUCCUGUGAAGAUGAAGAUGAAAGUGCAGCUUCCGAGUAUCAAUCAAGCGGUGAUGCAAACGAAGAUGUUGCACGGCGGUGGUACAACUUUUGGUCUCCAGGAGGAGCAGCUGGAGGUGCAGCACCAAUCUAAUACCUUUGUCUCCCCGGACCGAAAUUAUAAACAACUUCAACAAUCUAUGGAUGUGUCAGGAUUGAAAUCGACAAAAUCGAAAAAUUUGUGAUGCAUAAAAUGCAGGGCACUGAAGGCCUGUAUUGGGGAGUAGGCAAAUGAGGCCGAUUGUAAGCCUGUUUAGGGGUAUACAAUGUGCUGCCAGAGUAGCAUUACAGACGGAGUCUUCUUUGCCCAAACAGCAUGACAGACUGGAUUUGGGUACUCCCGAAAUUUGUCAUGCGCCACUUGGAAACUGAGGCUCCAACUGACAUCGAUUUGGUGCAUCAUCGAUUUUGUCAAUUUCGAUUCUGACACGUCCAUACAAUCAAGUGGUCGGCACAGACUUGCACGAGGAGAUAGUCUCCAACACAGCGGGAAAACGACACCCAAUUUGUUGUCAUCUUCAUCCUCGUGUGCAGUGUAAAAGUGUAGAGUAUAAUCCGACAGCACUAGGAGUGAUUGCAUUUGCAUCACAAAUGUGCUCUUCAGCAUGACAAAGGGAGCACUUUGUCAAUAUGGUGCAUUGCCUAAGAAACCAGCUUCGUCACAUGCCGGAUUCUUGCAAGUUACUACAACUGCUGCGAUUUGUCUUGCUUUGCACAGGAUACGCUGAAGAAGCAUCUAAUCUCCAGCACGAGCAGUACGCCGGGGCGUCGGCGCGGGCUCACGAGUGGGCCGCAGCCCAGAUCCUGGAUGUCCUCUACAGCAUCCUCGGGCGCAGCGACGCCGUUCGAUGUUGGUCUUCUAGGAGCGGCCCCGACGAAUUUCACUACCAGUACGGACGGUGUCUUCCCGGUGUCGUCCAGUGGUGCAACGCAGCAACUGUUCGCGCGAACGGUAAUAUCUUCGUCAACAGCAGGAACAUUCAUCCACCAGAACAAAUCGGUUCGCAGUACUGGAUUUUUGCACAAUUCCGGCCCGGCCUCCGUGUCACCGUCCAAGGAGCGUAGUGGCCGCCCCCGAACAGAUGUUAGUAUCGAAAGGGACGACGAGGGAAACUUCGUCUUCGUCGCGAUCAUUCUUUCUUUGGCAGCUGGAAAUUAUGCAUGAAAAAGCUGCAUGUGCAUGGGAUGGCUGGUUGUCAUGCCGGAGAACGCGUAUAUAUAGAGAAAUACGUAAAAAUACCAUUUUUUCUGCUGCACAAAUGAUUUUUUGCAAAAUAGAUUCAUUAUUUUUCGAUCUCAAUUGUGAAGACGAAGUGUUUAUUUCGUUUGAUAGUCCGCGGCCUGGUAAACAGUGCGUCCAAGAAGAUUCUGGACUCUUGUACGUCUGGCGGAGGACCA